AUGACUUGCGCUGCUCUAUAUUUCGUUGGCGGGGUGCGAGUGACAUUUUCCACUGGGAUCGCAGCCGGAGGUCCUCUAGCCUACUGGACAAGUUACAUUGUGACUUGUGUAUUCACAUUCAUCACUGCAGCUGUCAUUGCUGAAGCAUGCUCGGCUUCCCCAACCUCUGGUUCAAUUUAUCUCUGGGCCGCAGAAGCUGGCGGUAAAAGAUUCGGACGCUUUUUUGGCUUCGUCGUUGCUUGGUGGAGCACGACAGCCUGGACGACAUUCUGUGCCAGCAACACCCAAUCGGCCGUGAACUAUAUGCUUUCGGAACUAAGUGUUUUCAAUGUUGAUUUCCCGACCGACUCAUCCAGCGUCAAGUUUCGCGCAGUCCAAUGGAUAUGUACCGAGGUACUCCUUGCUUUGGCGGCAUUAAUGAACCUUGCCUCCCCACGAGUCUUUAAGUAUAUAUUCUGGUUUUCUACCGGUGCCGUUUUUCUGGAUUUUAUUCUGAAUGUUAUAUGGCUUCCUGUUGGGGCGCAUAACACUUACGGCCUGAGAACUGCACAUGAAGCAUUUAUGACAACCUACAACGGCACCGGAGCACCGGCUGGUUGGAACUGGUGCCUUUCAUAUCUUGCAACGGCAGGUAUUUUGAUUGGAUUCGAUGCUUCCGGUCACGUUGCAGAAGAAACAAAAAAUGCGUCCGUCAAUGCGGCGAAGGGUAUCUUUUGGAGUACGGUAGUUAGUGGUGUGCUUGGAUUCAGUGCAGUGAUACUGUUCUUGUUUACUUCUCCUCCGAUUGACGUUCUCUUUUCCUACGAUGCGCCCCAGCCUUUUGUCCCCUUGUAUGCCGCGGUUCUCGGCCGCGGGGGACAUAUUGUUAUGAAUGUCCUUUCGGUCGUCGCACUGUGGCUUAAUACGGCGAUCGCAGUUACUGCCGCCUCUCGACUGGUCUUCGCUGUUGCCCGCGACGGUGUUCUCCCUGCAUCUGGAUGGGUAUCUCGAGUGUCAGCAGAAGGCCAACCUAAAAACGCCGUUUUUGUAGUCUGGGGUGUCGCUGCUGUCAUUACUUGCACCAUUUUGCCUUCUGCCGUCGCGUUCACCUCCUUGGUGUCGGCAGCAGGUGUUCCAUCUGCCGCAGCUUACGGGCUGAUUAGCCUGGGUCGAUUAUUUUUGACUCCAAAUGAGCCACUUGACGCGAAAUGGUCACUUGGGCGAUUGAGUAAGCCUUUCCAAGUCAUCUCUGUUUUUUGGAAUGGCUGGGUGGUUGCUGUUCUCUUCUCGCCGUACUCAUUUCCCGUGGAGGCGUCUACUUUGAAUUAUGCGCCCAUAAUUUUGGGAAUUGUGACAAUCUUCGCAAUUGUGUCAUGGUUUGCCACACCUGCCGACGCGUGGGUUCCAAAGGGACGCCUGGCGAACUCUGCGGAUAUAGAUCACGCCGAAUAG